AUGGACAAAUCUCGGUGAAGAUCUCGCGAACGGCGUUCCAUUGCGUUUCGUUUGUUUGAUGCGCUGGUGAUGAUGGGACGCGGUCUUUCCCUCACUGAAUCAUACCCGACUGGAUGAAAUACCGAUUUAUAUAUUUUAAAAAGGCAUUUUGUUGACUUCUGCAUUUCUUGCCAAAUGCUUGCAGGCCCUGGUGGAGCAGUGUGAUGGGCCCCAUUCCCCUGUGUCUGCUGCUAUGUGCCCUGCCCCUGUGUGUUCCUAUCUGGGGGGGCCACGGUGACGAUGACGACGAUAAAGAGUAUGGCUGGUCCGUGCAGAGUAUCCCGUUGAUUCUGGACAGGCACACAGUGCAUCUGCGGACUUCCAAAUUUGGGGGGAAGGGUGAUGGGGCAGAUGGGGAGGGGAUGUGUAGGAUAGAGUGUCAGAGCGCUCUCCCCCCUCCCGACCAGGCCACGGUGGAGAGCAUGCUGGGAUACGAGACGGUGUACGAAAACGGCACGCGCACAUACACCGAUGUCACACUGCAGGGCCUGAAUGAGACGACUUCACGCACACCCUCACACACUCGCAGGAAACGUCAGGUGUACGGCUUAGACGGGCGCUUUGUCAUCUCAGACAGCCACUUUACCACCAACUACCCGUUCUCCACGGCGGUCCGCCUGUCCACGGGCUGCUCCGGGGUCCUGGUGUCUGACAAACACAUCUUGACGGCAGCCCACUGUGUCCACGACGGGAAGGACUACCUGCAGGGGGUCCGCAGACUGAAAGUCGGGGUCCUACAGGUCAAAUCUAAACGAGGUAGGGGGGGGAGGAGGAGGGGGGGAGGAGGAGAGAGGAAUGAAGGGAAAGGGGGAGAUACAGAACGCGAAGGGAACACAGAGAAGGAGAGGAGAGAGGGAGGGGGUAGGCAGAGAACGAGAGGUAGCAGAAGUAGCCGUGUACAACGCAGCACAGAAACUAAAAAGCAGCCCUCCUUCCGCUGGACACGCGUGAAACAAAUCCACAUCCCCAAGGGUUGGAUACACACAGGGGACUAUGACACUAACGCCGUCACCCCUGACUAUGACUACGCCCUCCUAGAGUUGAAACGGCCAAUCAAACAGAAGCACAUGGAGCUGGGGGUAGCGCCCGCUGCAAAGCCCCUCCCCUUGGGUCGCAUCCACUUCUCAGGGUUUGACAAUGAGCCAGAGGGAGGACAAACGGAGGGAGAGAAAGAAAAGGUGGUCUAUCGCUUCUGUUCAGUGACGGAGGAGUCAGACGACCUGUUGUAUCAGCACUGUGACGCCCAGCAGGGGGCGUCAGGUGCUGGCGUAUACAUCCGGCUCAGACAGGAAGUGGAGGGGUCCAAUAAGAGGAAGUGGCAGCGGAAGGUGAUUGGAGUGUUCUCAGGGCACCGCUGGGUGGAAGGGGACCGGGGUGAAAAGAGGGAUUAUAAUGUGGCGGUGAGGAUCACUCCACCUAAAUACGCUCAGAUCUGCCACUGGAUCCAUGGGGAUCCCAGCAUGUGUACAAAGGCCUGAGAAGUCAGGGAUCUGCUGGAUCUGUCAGACUGAGGAAGAAAAAAAUGUUCAUCUAGCACUUUUCACUGAGACCUCAAAGUGCUGAAAUGGUGGUCAACGAACUAUCAAAUGGCCAGCACAGACAGACCAGAUGGAAUAGGAUUUUGGAAUAUGCAAUGAUUUUCAUGCUCCAUCCAGUCAAUCAAACAGAUUCCUAUCCAGAAUGCCAAAAAAUGAUUUUGAGGUCUCAAAAUUCUAUGGUGCUCUCCAAACACUAACAGGUGUUUCAGUCUUAUAUGCCUUGAUGUGUUGCUUCCAAGAUACGGGGGGCUAAGAUUAAUUCCAUUGGUGCUCAUUUUUACCAUCUGCAUGAUUCAUAGUUUUGCUAUCUGGAUUAAAUCUAAACAUGUUUUCUUGAGUAUUUCCUAAAUAUAAAUUUAGCUUGUUAAAAAUCAUUUGUAUUUCUUUAUAUUAAAGCCUACCAUUGAA